AUGCCAAUCGAUGCGGCAACUUCAGCUUUGAAUCUCUCAUUUCCUCCCACGGCUGCUGCUACGGGGUUUGUAAUUCCUCAAAGUCGAUCUUUCACAGUAUCGGUAAAUCCAGUAGUGCUGUUUUCUAUUCUUGACCAUUAUCUUCGAAGACAAGAAAAUCAGCAUAGAGUUAUUGGUACUUUACUGGGUGUUAGAAGUGAAGAUGGGAGUGAAGUUGAAGUUCGAAAUUGUUUUCCAGUUCCUCACGAUGAAACUCAAAAUCAGGUUGCUGUAGAUAUGGAAUAUCACGGUAGCAUGUUUGAACUUCACAAAAAAGUGAAUGCAAAGGAAGUAAUUGUUGGCUGGUAUGCCACGGGUGCAAAUCUCAAUCAAUGGAAUGCGCUUAUUCAAGAUUUUUAUUCGAAAGAAGUUUUGCCUCCUUUUCAGGCAAUUCAUUUAACAAUGGAUACGGAUCUUAAAAAUGAAGAAAAGUUAUUGGGUGUUAAAACUUAUGUCAGUGCACCGAUAGGGACUUCAGCCAAACCCGAAAACUGUUUAUUUUUACCUGUUCCAUGUGAUAUAAAGUAUUUUGAUGCAGAACGAAGUGGACUUGAUUUACUUGCUUCCGCAAAGGAUCAACCUGAUCGGUCUACAACAUUGAUAUCUGACAUGGAUAACCUUGAAAAAACAAUUUUGGCGGUUCAAGAAAUGUUAGAUAGAAUUUCGGAUUAUGUAAAUAAGGUUUUAAAUGGAACUAUACCAGAGAAUAAUAAUAUUGGUCGGUUUUUAAUGGACACAAUCUCUGUUGUGCCCAAGAUCGAAAAAUUAGAAUUUGAAAAAAUGUUUAAUAGAUUUAUUAAUGGUGGUUUACCUUGCUAA